AUGGCUGCUAAUGCUGGGACCAGUGCGCAGCCUUACUUUCCACUAGCGCAGGAGCGAGAAUUUUUCAAAUACCUUCCCCAUGAUACUAGUCCUAGUUCUAGUUUCAAUUUCGCCCGCUGGCAGCAUGAAUGUCAGCCGUCCCGAGACACCGCACUGGUGUCAUUCGCUCAGCUGGGCGCCUUUCGUCUAGGCGCCCAGCGAGCCCUAAUUUCGCUCUUCGACCGCGCGCAGCAGCAUGUGUUGGCCGAGGCCACACCCACCUUGAGUCUGGUCGGGGGCCACGUUCGCGACGACCGUGACCGUCUACGACUAGGAUGCUGUUCGUUUCCGAAAGACAGGGGUCUUUGCCAUCUGGUCUCCGGGUUACCGUCCCUGGAGCACGACCAGGUGAGGUGGGUCAUGAACGGGAGCGCGGUGGUGGUGCCGGAUGUGAUGGAGGAAUGGUUCGAGUGCCCUCAGCUGCUAGAUGAGCUAUCUGAUGUGCGUUUCUAUGCGGCCGUGCCCAUUAUCAGUCCGCGCGGUUUUGUCAUCGGCGCGUACAGCAUUUGGGACAAUAUGCCACGCCCCGAGGGCAUUGAUGAGCAUUCGUUGCAGUUUCUGAAGGAUAUGGCCUCUACGGUUAUGGAUCAUUUGGUGACGGAGCGCGAGUACCACAACAGCCAGCAGGCCGAGCGCAUGAUUGUGGGCCUGGGCAGUUUUGUCGAGGGCAGAGCCACCCUGCGCCAUUCGUGGCGUGAGGCUAGUGCUCAGUAUGCGGCAUCAGAGCAGUCUGGGGAGAUGGUCGAGGGCCAGUUGAACAUGGAACAACAGGAUCUGCAAGAAGCGGCCAAGGGCACUGAUCAGAAGACCCUCGCGUACCGGGAUCCCCAGCGUGGGGGAGACGGCGUCAACCAAGAAACAGUCAGUCAUGGGCCAGAUAAGUCUUCACAAAAACCAAAGUCAUCCCGGGGCGUUCUUGAUGGCGACGAGGGCCCCCAGGAAGACGUACUAUUGUCCAGUAUCAAGCUUGUAUUCUCCCGUGCGGCCAACCUAAUCCGGGAGUCCAUUGGCGCGGAAGGGGUCAUGUUCUUCGAUCCAAACAGUGAAAAAUUCGGUGAUUUGGUCAAUAAUACCAGUCGCAAAGUAACAGGCUCCGGCAAGGACGCAGGGAGCAGUGACGAGGAGACCGACUCGUCAUCUUCAUCAUCCCGACGCCAGCCAUCCUCGGCCUCGGAAGGGGAAAAUGGGGAAUCACAUGGCCCUUCGACUUGCGUCUGUCUGGGUUCUUCCACCUCGCGGGUAUCUAGUAUCAAUAGCAACUCAACGGCGGACUCCGAGAUUACGGUGGAGAAGUCCCUGCUCACCUCGCUGCUCCGUCGGUAUCCUCGGGGCAAGAUAUUCUCCUACAAUGCCAAUCGAGCAGUCUCAGACGACAGCGAUUGCAUUUCUCAGGCCACGUCUGGGUCCGAGAAAUCGAGCCCAGAGGAUAAGGCUCGGCAGACUAAGAAGCGACGUCCCACCAGCAAACGAAGGGGAAAGUACUCUUUCAUACAAGACGCCGAGCAUCUAAUCAAAUUUUUUCCAGAUGCCAGGAAUAUCAUGGUAUUGCCCGUGUGGGACACGGACAAGAACCGGUGCUUCGCCGUCAACCUGGUCUGGACAAAUAGUCCGGAACGCGUUUUCACGACCGAGAACGAGCUCGUGUACAUCUCUGCCUUUGCAAACAGCAUCAUGAUGGAAAUCCGACGCCUCGACGCAAAGAUCGCGAACAAGGCUAAGACCAAUCUCGUCAGCAGCAUCACCCAUGAGCUCCGCAACCCGCUCCAUGGCAUUCUGGGCACCUCCGACAUUCUGAGUGACACGGCGAUGAACGCCCUCCAGCAUGGCAUGGUCCAUACCAUUGAGGCUUGUGGCCGCACCCUGCUGGACACCAUCAAUAACCUGCUCGAUUUCACGUUCAUCGACAAAUACCAGAAGAAACGAUCUCCUUUCGGGGCACGGCAGCGUGCCACACAACGUCAAUCACUGGAGGCCAGUAGGGAAGCAGACGGCAGCCGCGCCGAGAAGCCAUCGUAUUCUCAAGUGGAGCUAGACCAGGUGCUCGAAGAAGUGACGGAGUGCGUCUUCGCAGGUUACAGCUUCUACAACCAUCCGCAAACACCGCCCCCAGCCUUGACGGAUUCCUUCUCGCGAGCAGCGGGUGAUGCAUCAUUGAAACGCGCAGGAGCUGAGGCAAAUCGAGUCACGAUCAUUUUCGACAUCGACAAGGAUGCCGAAUGGAGCUUCCAUACACAUGCCGGCGCCUGGCGCCGCAUCCUGAUGAAUACCUUCGGCAACGCUCUCAAGUACACCUCUUCGGGCUUUAUCCAUCUCGGCCUCAAGUCCUCCCGGAAGGAAAAGAAAAAGAAGAAGCGCUCAUGUCCGGAUUCUGAGGAUGAAGCCGAGGAGUAUGAGGUGACUCUGACCGUCAGUGACACCGGCAAGGGCAUUGGCCCCGAAUAUCUGCAGAAGGACCUUUUCACCCCAUUUAGGCAAGAGAACGCGCUCGCCUCGGGAAGCGGGCUGGGUCUGAGCAUCGUCCGACAAGCGGUGGGGUCCCUCGGUGGCUCUAUCGAGGUCAACUCGACCCAAGGUGUUGGUACCACGAUGACUAUCCGGACUCCACUCACCCACCACCCUGCACCCUCGUCGGACGCGUCGGUGUUUCAGUUGCUGCGAAGUCACGUUGAGGGCAAGUCGAUGGGCCUGCUAGGUUUUGGGUCCUCGCUACACUCGAAGCGCGAUUCCACGCUGUAUUCGUCCCUGGAGCGACUAUGUCAGGAAUGGUUCGGCCUGAGCGUUACCACAGUAUCUCCAAUGCAGGGUCAACACCAACCCUACGACUUCUACCUAGCGGUGCAAACUGAACUCGAUAACGAAGACCGUGAGGGUCGAAAUCUGUUUAACUUAGGCCAGCAUCUAGCGGGCGACGACGGCGGGUCCCCCGUCGUGGUGAUUUGCCAGUCACCCGAAGAAGCGCACAACAUGUUCAUCGCGGCCAAGAAUCGCGGUGACGAAUCGCCCAUCUUCGAAUUCAUCAGUCAACCUUGCGGACCGCGCAAGCUGGCUCGCGCCCUCGACCUGUGCAUCAAGCGCCGGCUGGAAAAACAGGCAGGGCAGUCCAGCAGCCCUGAGGAGCCCACGCGGUGGGUCGAAAUGCCCGAAUCGUCGCAUCUGCCGCUGAAUCUUAAUCCCAGCGAUCCACCAGAUGAGCGAAUGAAGAUCAGUAAGCGGCCGACUGCUGAUACCAUGGGAAGUGGGAGUCGCAGUCGCGAGGGUGGUGAUGGAACCGAACCAUCGUCGCAUGUCAAGGAGGGUGCGGAAGAGCACACGACUGGGAAGUCUGUCUUGCUGGUGGACGAUAAUAGCCUCAACCUUCAGUUGCUAUCCGUGUACACGAAGAAAAGCGGGUACGACUACCUAACAGCGAAGAACGGUGUUGAAGCUGUCGAGACGUACAAGGCCCAGCCAGGCCGGUUUGGUGUUGUUGUGAUUGACCUAUCCAUGCCCGUCAUGGACGGCUUCGAAGCAGCCCGCCAAAUCCGCCGCAUUGAGAAACAGCACAAGCACCAGUCCAACUCCGCCCAGCCCAUCAUUAUCGCGGCCCUGACGGGGCUGGACAGCGCGGAUGCGCAGAAAGAAGCGUUUGGGUCGGGCAUUGAUACAUUUCUUAUUAAGCCGGUUAAGAGGCCUGAGUUACAGGCGCUUUUGCGGCAGAUGAAUGAGUAG